AAGAAGAAGGGGAGGCUUUCCUUUAGCUGCUGUUAUGUGAACUACAGUUGUGUAAUUUCAGUGUUUUGUACCUGACAUUUAAGCGUCAGAGACAUUUCUACGGAGGGGAAGAGUUUCAUUCAGAGGUCCUUUGGUGUCACACAGAAGAUCGUCGAAAUGCUGUCUUCUAUUAUUGCAAAAAGAGUGGUGACAGGGUUGUGCCAGGGAGCAUGGAGGCCAGCAGUCACAGGGCUGGUUUCAUGUCGCAGUUAUCGUGGAGAUGCACCAGAUGACACCAGGGGUGAUCUGAUUGAGAUCCCUUUGCCCCCUUGGGAGGACAGGCCCGGAGAGCCCACUGACAUCAAGAGACGCCGCCUGCUGUAUGAGAGCCGCAAGAGGGGCAUGUUGGAGAACUGCAUUUUACUCAGCCUUUUUGCAAAGCGAUACCUAAACACUAUGAGUGAGAACCAGCUGCAGCAGUACGACAGACUGAUCAAUGAACCAAGCAAUGACUGGGACAUCUAUUACUGGGCAACAGAGGCUCAGCCAACCCCAGAAGUUUACCAGGGAGACGUCAUGGACAUGCUGAAGGAGUUCACAAAGAAUCGCGACCAUGAGCAGAGGUUAGAUGCACCCAAUUUGGAGUACCUGGACAAGGAAAGUCAGUGAGGUCCAUGGACUUUAAAACUUCACAGAGGGUCAUUUUAAGUCUGACAUUGGAUGCAAUAUCAGUGUCAUAACCCACCAGAAAAACCCUUGAGAUGUCUGCUGUCUUUUUCUGGCUAUAAUUUCCAGUGAGUCACACAUCUCCAUGAAAUUCAAACACCACAACCCUCAGCUCACUGUGUCUGAGAAAGAGGGAAGUUUGUGGAUUAAGCAAAGAUUGAUGCAACGAAUUAUAAGUGUUUUGUAUAUUUUGAAUGAAUGAGUUGUACAUUUGUGAUUAAAAACUGUAUAUUACAAUAAGUCAGUGUGUGGGAUGCAAACUGAACAAGCCAGUUUUGAUGACAGCUAUUAUCCUUGUAUCUACCAAACAGUUCAACUGAAUCUGAAGACUCACUCUGUAGCUGGAGUAUUUAUUGUUUGCCUCCAUUCUAUGAUUUCACUGUGCCUACGUUACAGAUAUUCUGGGUUAUUUAAUAAAUGUUGUUGCUCUUCUGCUA